CUCUGCUCUCUCUAUUAUAUUUCUCACACAACCUUUGCUCAACUUUACUCUCUGACUUUGGUUGUUAUUCCACACUCACUCACUCUCUCUCUUCUCUUCGUUGCUGGGUUUCCUUCAGAUUUUCCGGAGCCUUCUUCUUUCUCAUUGAGGAAUCCAUGGCUGUGCUUAUUCUUCUUUUUCUCUUAGCAGCUUCUGUAGUUGCAGCUGAUGAAGAUGCAUUUAUUGGUGUGAACAUAGGAACAGAUCUCUCAGACAUGCCUCACCCAACUCAAGUAGUAGCCCUCCUCAAAGCCCAGCAAAUCCGACACAUCCGCCUAUACGAUGCUGACCAUGCCAUGCUUCUUGCGCUUGCAAACACAGGCAUUCAAGUCAUGAUCUCUGUCCCUAAUGAACAGCUACUUGGAAUUGGUCAAUCAAACUCCACUGCAGCUAACUGGGUCUCCCACAAUGUUGUAGCACAUUACCCAGUCACCAAUAUCACAGCCAUAUCAGUUGGUUCUGAGGUGCUAACUACUAUCCCCAAUGCAGCAACAGUCCUUGUCAAUGCCCUCAAGUUCAUUCACUCAGCCCUUGUGGCAUCCAAUCUUGACCGUCAGAUAAAAGUUUCAACACCUCUUUCUUCCUCUAUUAUCCUUGAUUCAUUCCCUCCUUCCCAAGCCUUUUUAAAUCGUUCAUGGAAUCCAGUUUUGGUACCCAUGUUGAAUUUCUUGCAGUCCACAGGUUCAUUUCUCAUGCUCAACAUUUACCCUUAUUAUGACUAUAUGCAAUCAAAUGGUGUAAUUCCUUUAGAUUAUGCACUCUUCAAGCCUCUCCCUCCAAAUAAAGAAGCUGUCGAUGCAAAUACACUUCUGCAUUACUCCAAUGUCUUUGAUGCAAUGGUUGAUGCAGCAUACUUUGCUAUGGCUUUCCUAAAUUUUACAAACAUUCCUGUGAUAGUGACAGAAUCUGGCUGGCCCUCAAAAGGUGAUGCAAAUGAACCUGAUGCAACAUUAGAAAAUGCUAACACUUAUAACAGCAAUUUGAUAAGGCAUGUGCUGAACAAAACUGGAACUCCCAAGCAUCCCGGAAUUGCUGUUAGUACCUAUAUUUAUGAGCUCUAUAAUGAGGACACGAAAGCGGGGCCAGUCUCAGAGAAGAACUGGGGAUUGUUUGAUGCAAAUGGGUCGCCCAUUUACAUAUUACACUUGACAGGAUCAGGACUGGUGUUAGCAAAUGAUACUACGAACCAAACUUACUGUGCAGUAAAGAAUGGUGCUGAUCCAAAGAUGGUGCAGGCUGCAUUAGAUUGGGCUUGUGGAGCUGGCAAGGUGGAUUGCACACCUUUGUUGCAGGGUCAAUCGUGUUAUGAACCAGACAAUGUGCUUACACAUGCAAGCUAUGCCUUUGACACUUACUAUCAUCAGAUGGGGAAGGCUCCUGGGACAUGUGACUUCAAGGGGGUGGCUGCAAUCACCACCACAGAUCCAAGUCAUGGUACUUGUAUAUUUCCCGGAAGUGUUGGCAAGAAUGGCUCCCUGGUAAAUAUCACAGCCCCAUCUAUGAAUUCCACAAGCUCAGAGUUUUCGAGCCACAGCAGUAUUCACGGCAGUGGUUUGACAAGCAUUUUCAUGACGAUCGCAUUUCUAAUAUGGUGUGGAGUAUUAUUGUAGAUGGUGGUUGUUGGAAUCUAUUGUCAUUCAAAGUUUUGAGAAGGUUCUUGGAGGAGCUUGAGAUUGUUCACUUUUAGUGACAGAGCUAGUUUAGAGAUAGUGGCUCAUUCAAUUUUGUACAAAACAAGCUAAAUGGCCUGGACUGUCUUGGGCUCCAUCUACAUUCUUAUUUUUUCCGACUGAAUGAUGAUUCUUCCUUGUAUGAAACCGACCCAUUAUUAUCCUUGUUAAUGCCCAGAUUUUUACUCUUAAAAAAUAUUGCUUCAA